CGUCACCUGGACCAAUUCUAAAGUCAUGUGGUAUCGAACUGACGCAGGUCUUGGCUUGGGCUGAUAAACUGCACGCUGAACUAAACGAACUCAAGAGGCGCCGCAAAGUGCACAUCCAAGCCAUGUAUGACCAACUGGAGGUGCUUUGGCGACGCAUGAGUAUGGACGAGGAGGCCAUGGAUGGUUUUGUCGAGGCGAAUCGCGGGACGAUGCCUUCUAUGGUUCAAGCGUAUGAAGAAAUUGGAGCGCAUGAUUGACUUGAAGCGCGAGAAAAUGGGGAUGUUUAUCGCUAAUGCUUGCACAGAAAUUGAGAGCCUGUGGGAGGAGCUCAUCGUAGGAGAAGAUGAGCGGAAUGAUUUUACGGCGUUUGCUGAUGACGAACAUACGCAGGAUUUGCUGAGCCAGCAUGAGCAUGAGAUCGCCCACCUGAAAGCGGAAGUACGGUUCAAGAUGCUACUGUUGACAUCGAUCAAGAGGUACAUGGUAAUUUGUGAGGAACACAAAGAGCUAGAGCGUGUAACCGGCGAUCAGACACGCCUUUUAGGAAUGAGUGGGGAUGAGAUCCCGGCAGAUUGCUCCGGGAAGAGAAGUUGGGAAAGAGGGCCGCGAAAGAGAAGCCUAAGCUUGAGCAACAGCUACUGUCAUCGCUGCCUACAUGGGAGCAAACGCACAGACGAGCUUUACAGCAUGUUGAACUCACUCCUGCUCUAGAGCAGACUAAGGAACAUUCUCGAUAUCCUGAAUCUCGCAUCCAUCUGCCAAAGACACAACUAAUAGCUCCAGCUGCCUACGUGAGGAUGGCGCAGGCAACAUUGCGCAUAUGGUCCAGGGGAAAUCAUGCAAGAAUCAUAAA